AUGAGCGGUGCGGCGCGAGGCGCCGGCUUCACGGCGCGGCGCAUCUUCAUCACGGCGCAGCUGGGGCUGGUCACCGCCGCCGUCUUCGAGCUGGCCGUGCGCCACUUGCGGCCCGAGCUGUACGCGCAGCGGCCGCGCGACCUGGCCGACCUGGGCCGGCAGCUGUCGCCCGAGUACGACUUCGUGGUGGUGGGCGGCGGGUCGGCGGGCGCCGUGCUGGCCAGCCGGCUGAGCGAGGCGCCGCGCUGGCGCGUGCUGCUGCUGGAGGCGGGCGGCCGCGGCUCCGCGCUCGCCGACAUCCCCGCGCUGGGCGCCACGCUGCCGGGCUCCGCCGACGACUGGCAGUUCCGCGCCGAGCCGUCGCCGGCCUUCUGCCGCGCCAUGGACGCCGGCCGCUGCCGCUGGCCGCAGGGCCGCGCUCUCGGCGGCACCAGCCUGCUCAACGGCAUGCUGUACGUGCGCGGCAACCGGCGCGACUACGACGGCUGGGCGGCGGCGGGCAACGCCGGCUGGUCCUACGACGAGGUGCUGCCCUACUUCAAGAAGUCGGAGGACGCGCGGCCGGCGCGGCUGCGCGCCGACGCGCGCCACCACGCCACCGGCGGCUACCUCACCGUCGACGAGUACCGCUACCGCACGCCGAUGGCGGACGCGCUGCUCGAAGCCGGCCGCGAGCUGGGCUACGACGUCGUCGACUACAACGGCGAGACGCAGUACGGGUUCGCGCGGUUCGCGGGCACCGUGCGCGACGGCUUCCGGUGCAGCACGGCCAAGGCCUUCCUGGAGCCCGCCGCCGACAGGCCCAACCUCGACAUCAGCAUGCACUCCGUCGUCGAGAGACUGCUGGUGGACCCCCAGUCCAAGAACGCCACGCACGUGGUGUUCACCAAGGGCGGUCGCCGCUACACGGUCCGCGCCACCAAAGAGAUCGUCGUCUCCGCCGGCGCCGUAAACUCGCCCAAGCUGCUCAUGCUGUCCGGCAUUGGGCCGAAGGAGCACCUCGACGAAGUAGGCAUCUCCCCGGUCGUGGCGGAUCUGCGGGUGGGAGACAACCUACAAGAUCACAUCGCGCUGGGCGGGCUGCUCUAUCUCGUCGAGUUCCCGGUUUCUCUGGUCGUUCCGCGCCAGCUCAACACCAAGAAUAUCUUUGACUUCCUGGUCCGUAACGAGGGCCCACUCAUGACGACUGGAAUCGCAGAGACCCUCGCCUUCGUCAACACCGACUACUCUAACGACACGUCGUACCCCGAGGUGGCGCUGUACCUCUCGGCUGUGCCGGAGACCGUCGACGGCGGCGUCUACGUCAAGGGCCUGCUCGGCCUCAGCGACGAGUUCUACAGCGCCGUCUACGAACCGGUGCUCUACCGCGACGGUUUCACCGCGCUCGCCACACUGAUGCACCCCAAGAGCAGGGGAACCGUCCGGUUGAGGGACACCGAUCCCAGUUCUCCACCGCUUAUCUUCCCCAACUACCUCGCACACCCGGACGACGUCCGGACGCUGGUCGAGGCGGCGAAAUUCGGCGGCAGGCUCAGCGCCACGGAGACGAUGCAGAAGCUGGGCUCUCACGUCAACCCGUACCCGUUCCCGGCCUGCAAGCACCUGAAGCUGAUGUCUGACGAGUACCUGGAGUGCGCCCUCCGCCAGCACACCAUGUCGCUGUGGCACUUCGGCGGCACGUGCAAGAUGGGCCCGGACUCCGACCCCGCCGCCGUCGUCGACCCGCAGCUCAGAGUGCGCGGCGUGAACGGCCUCCGGGUCGCCGACUCCUCCGUACUGCCGGUGCUGCCCACUGCCAACACCAACGCUCCGACCAUCAUGGUGGCAGAGAAAGCCUCUGACAUGAUACGAGACCAGUGGAUUACUCCUGGCGACCUCUUUGGGUAGACAGUGCGGAAAAACAAUUUUCUUCACACGUAUGAACUGAUUAAACGAACAAGUCAUUGUUUCCAUCUCGUCUGUUUAUUACUUUAUCUGCAAAAUUUUAUCGAACCCGUACACGAGAUUGUCCAGUUCUGGACUCACAGGUUAUUCUGAAGUGCGACAGGUGUAAGGAAAUCAGUUUCACACUCUUAACCCAUUUAAAAAUAUUAGAGCCAUUGUACGUCGAUGCACGAACAGUUGCGAUGUAUUGGAACUGAGCAGCGAGCUCCGCUCAUUUUGUUGGUAUACUGCUAUGGACUAGAUGAAUCCUCAGUUGGUCCUAUAAUUUUUUUCUAUCGCUUAUCAUUUUUUUCACUUCCGCUGCUCAUAUUCUAAUGUUUCAAACGUGGAGAUUGUUCGCAGUGCACCUUGAACUGCAGGCACCCAGUAAACAGGUCGAUUUAUCAGUCUAAAAGUUGGAGGAACGCAAGAUCACAGCACUUCCUAUAGGACGUUGACUAGUAAACCACUGUGGAAACGAAACUUCGCGAUAAGGACAGCGUCACUAUGCUUUCCGAUGUAUAUCUUGUCUCUUUGUGUCUUCAUCUACCAUGUCAGAUGUUGAGAACCGAUAUUCUGAAUUUGCUGACACACUCUCUGUCAUACUGUAUACCUGUAGCAUUUAAAAAUGGCCCGUGUGUCCUCAACAAGUCAAUCUCGUACAAGCAUUAACUAGAACUAUACAGCUAAAGUAAUAAACAUUGGAGGUGGAAGAGAUUACUUUCAUCAUUUAAUGGAUUGUAAAGAUACCAAAGUGCAGUGCGCCAAACACGACACCUCAUUCAUAUCGUUCGACUGUCAUUGUUGCAGACCUCUUUCUCGUCAACAUCGUAUUGUGUAAAUACCUUAAGACACUGACCUACAGUUCUGUGUAUUCGUGUAUGUCUUUCACAUAUUACAUAAAGUCCUUUUUUAAAUGGCAUGUUUCUGCCUGUGUUCCUGGCUUCGGGCGGAAACUACACGCCGGCAGCAUUGGGGUUGCUGCUUAUAGUCCAAUGGCGACGAGAUGAAGGAGGUUCGAGACAUUCUGAAUCUGCGAUCGUUUGAAGCAAUCUUCAGGCUGCGUGUGGUGUAGUCGACCCGUUAGUGAUACAUUCGUCGACUGUGGCGAGAGCUACUGCUGUGUUCUCUCUACGACUGGGUGUUAGCUUAACUGUGGAAAACGGUGGCUGUAUACUUUCUCCACAAAUUAAGUUUGAAUUACAGAAUAACCAAGUGACACUCCAUUUCCUUCCAGACUGCUUCGUAGUGACCUUUGUCAUCUCUGUAAGUCACAAUCUAGUCUUCGUCUUUACUUCGUAUUGUAAUCUCAUCACGUAAUACUAUUUGUAAAGUAUUUUAAUACUAAUACACCUCAAGAAUAAAUAAGUUUUUCUUGUAAAAUCUCAUGAAUGUACAUUAGCAGCAUAAAAUUAGAAACCUAAAAAUAUUUCAUAACUGUUAAAUUACACACUAGUUCAGUAUGCUACAGAUGGGAGCUGUGGCAAGGAUGACAGAAACAAGAUAACGAAUUUUUGUCCAGGUAAAACAGCUCCUCAAAAACAUGCGUAUUUGUCUUGUUCAUUGCGGGCGUUGGUGAACGCAGUGGGUUCUAAACAGAUCAUUCGUUCUUAAGCAGCAACAAGCAGCGACCUUCGUAACAGACCACUUUUUCUCCUUCCAUUAUCGUCUGUUAUAUUCACAUGUUGUAUUAUCCAGUCAAAACAGCAGCCAUUAAGUGCCAUUUGUUCAGAAUGGCUGCCUCGGUAUUGUAUUGAUAGGAUUCGUCAACGGAACUUUCUUUCCGGAUCAUCUGCCAGUUUUCAUUUCAUCUCCAAUGACAUCUUUGACGACGGGAUGUUAAAGCCUAUCUUCCUUGUUUUGUACCGUACCUAGUAGAAACUGAGAAAAUCCUAACCAGGUUUCAGACUCCACCCUGGACAUGCUGGCUUAGGCAUUGAAUGAUCCAACUGGAUCAUCCCCCACCUUCCACACACAGAGCAGCACUCGAUUACUUCCCCUAUCCUUGCCAAACUGAUCCAGAACUACAUGUAUAAUGUGACCAAAGUUGGAGGGUAGCUAAUUCCAAAUCUCCCUUACUCCUUUGAGUAGUGACACAUCCCUACAAUAAAAUUAAGAACUCCAUGUUCGCAAAAUUCGUAUGACUGAUAAUGCAAAAAAUUCCAGAUCCUCGUCCUCAAAAAUUUUCUUCUCUCACCUUUUACUUAUCUUGCAUGCUCUCUGUCGAAAUACUCUCCUCCACAAUUGAUACACCGCUCCAACCGCCGUUUCCACUUUCAGAAGCAGUCUUGGCACGCCCAUCUGCGUCUUCUCUUUUAUCUCGUCUACAGUUUAAAAUCUUCGUCCUUUCAACGGAGUUUUCAACUCUGCAAAUUAAAAGAAGUCCGCAGGAGCGAGACCUGGACAGUAGGGACGAUAAGGCAGCACAUUGAUUUCGUUUUUUGUCCGAUAGUCACCCACCGAAAGGGAUGGGUGUGCUAUCGUGAUGCAAGAGCCAUGAAUUGUCUCGCCACAUUUCAGACCGUUUCCUUCUCACAUUUUCUCGCAGGAGCUGCAGCACGUUCCGAUAGGCAUCGAUUAACAGUUGCACCUGUGGCAUGGAGUCACGAUGGACAAUCCUUCAAAGUCAAAGAAAACUAUCAGUGUGAUUUUUUUUUUCUUGUAGAAUCUUUCCCGAUCCAUUGCGAAGAUCGAACCUUGGUCUCAACAUCGUAACUUUAGAACCACGUUCCAUCACCGGUUAUGAUUCUCUUAAGGAACAUCUCGUUCUCAUUUGUGCUAUCCAAAAGGUCUUCACAGACUGCGACACAAAUCGCUUUAUGGUGUUCAUGAGCCGCGUCAGGAACUUGGGCGGCAACACGAUGCACUUCAAGAUGCUGUGUCAGGACACCAUGACAUGAUCCAGCUCAAAUGUUCCAUUCUUCUGCAAUCUCUCGGACAGUCAGUCUUCGUUUAGCUCGCACAAUCUCGUUGACGAUCCUGACACGAACGUUGCUGGUAGACGUCGGAGGGCGUCCUGAACGUGGCUCGUCUGCAACUUCCGUCCGGCCGUUUUUAAACCGUGUGAACCAUCCGUAACACCGAGUACGGCUUAAGCACUCAUCGCCGUAGUGUCUCUGUAAAGGUCCUCUUCAGCUCUAUGCCUGUGCCGACUCGUUAGGAUUAACGACGAGGGCCGGUGCACCGGCCGGCCAGCCUUGCUGUAGCUUUUAGGCGGCUUCCCCACAUCCGGCUAGGUGAAUAUCUAGCAUCUACCCGUGUUCCGCCUCAGUUAGACCAUUCGUCAACAUUUCGAACUCAUUCUUACAGUUUAACCUGGGAUAACACUACACGCAGAGAGAAAAGGUACACACAUUCCGUCCCUGGAGGGAGGGAGGGAGGGGGGGAGCUUCAAAAAUUUUAACGUGCUUGAGAAGAGAAUAAAAUUUGAAGCUACAAGAUCCGGUGAAUUUAGUGGAGGUGUCAAAAUAAAAUAAACAUGCUGAGGGCUUUUGUUUUUCUGGGAGCUAUGAUGUACACUGUCGAACGCAAUGAAACACCUUCGACAACUUAACAGUGGGCCGGCCGAAGUGGCCGUGCGGUUAAAGGCGCUGCAGUCUGGAACCGCAAGACCGCUACGGUCGCAGGUUCGAAUCCUGCCUCGGGCAUGGAUGUUUGUGAUGUCCUUAGGUUAGUUAGGUUUAACUAGUUCUAAGUUCUAGGGGACUGAUGACCUCAGCAGUUGAGUCCCAUAGUGCUCAGAACCAUUUGAACCAUUUGAACUGAACAGUGGAAAUUGCCACUUUUUCCACGAAACGUGUUUUCAGAGUUAUUGUGUUAGAGUUAUUGUUCUCGGUACUCUGUUACAUUUCCCUAGACUUGGUCCAAGUGUCGAAUCACGGAGGAAACGAUUCAGACAUUACCAGAUUGGCAUGGCGCGUUGUUUAUGUGGCAAGCAGUCCUUCCCUGUUUCCUCGAGUUCCAAGGGCUGUGCGUCAAGGCCUCCUCCAUUUAGCCUAGGAUGGUUUGGUGACGUGUUACACAAAUUUUCGCUGAGUGGGCAUAGCGUUUUGAGCAGCGAUAGGUUCUGCAAUUAUAGAGGAACGUAGAAAGGUUAUCAAGGCUUUUGUUUCGCAAGAUGUACAUAUGAUUGUUGAGUCCGCUAAAGCUGUUCCCUGUAAUUCCAAUGCAUACAACUGAAUUUUUUAUUUUAAAGGCGCUGCUGAAACGUUUUUGUCAAUGCAAGCGUGUAAGAUCUGCAAAUGCAGUAUGAUCAAAGUGUUUCAUACUCAUCCGUCUGGAACAGUUAUUAAAAAUUCUUACUCUGAAACAGAAGUGCGGAAAAAUGCCAGUAUCUUCAAAAGAUGAAGAUUAUGGCAGAUGUAUGCCAUGCCGUAUUUCUUUUACAGAAAGCAGAAAAACUUGAUGAUGAUAUUGCCAUUUCUUCCUCAAUAGCAUAAGAAAUUAUACUAAACUGUGUAACAUCUGAUCCCAAGAAUUGAGAUGUGUACGGAACAGAAGUCAAUACCAAAGGAUUUUUGCUUCGAUUUAACUUUGUUAUUCUUUUGUAGAAAACUGAAAAGAAAUGAGAAAUGGUUUUUGUUCACUGGAGUUCUACUAGUUAAGCUAUUGCUUCUGUAUGUAUAUACUUGUAUUAUCACAAAUAAAACUUAGUACCUCAGUA